UUGUUGAGUAAUGAAUUUGUACGGUAUAAACGUAUGACCUUCUGUCACUUGAAUUUGUUGCUUGGGAAUUGUAUUGAGGGGACGAAUGAAGGAAACAAGGAAUAAAGAAGGAGUCUAGCGCAAGCGUUCAAUCAGUACAGACGUUCCUCUCUCUACCAGUUGAGAAAUUCACUAACUAAAACAUUAUGGUCCUUCGUAGAACCGGAUAGAAUUGGCUAUCGAGAUAACGACAAUUCGUUGCACACGGGUGCAUUAGUGGCAGUGUAUUGUGCGUUUGCUGUUUCGAUACUCGUAGAGAGAUUGAGGAAGUGUGCAUAACGGCAGUGUAUUGUUCGCGCGAGUGUCACAGUGUGAGUUGGACACUAGGACAUUCAGUGUGCGUGUAAAAUAGCUGUGCGCGUUCGGACAGGCUCAUACUUGAGCAUACGCAUGCGUUAGAUCGUGCACUUCACAAGUGGCUUAAUUGUGAAGUCCAGAUACGCAACAUUUGGUGCAUCGAGCGUUCAAAGUGUAGAACGUUUUCGGUGAGAAGUGUUGUGUAGCUUCAGUGCGGGAGUGCAAGUGUCCCCACAAACCGAGUACCUGACUUCCAAUUCGUGGAACGUCGUUGGUGGUAUCGUUUGUUCCAGUGUAGGUGCGCAAGUUACCUACACACGCACAUCGAGCGUUUUCAAUCUGUGGAAACGUGGUCGGUGCGAUACAUUAUUGUGUGUCGUCGAACCGCUGCCGUUCGAAUUCACAAGAAAUUACCAGUGCAGGUUUGCAAGUUCCUGUACAAAGCAUAUCGAACGUUUUCAAUACGUGGAAACGUGGUCGGUGCCAGUUAUUGUUUCUGACGGUCAAGCCUCAGUCUUUUGGACGCUUGUUGAACAAUACAUUGUUCAAGUGUUAGUGAACAUUGAAUUCAAAGUUGUAUGUUUCAAGUGUAGGUGAGCAAGUUCCCUAUACACGUACAUCGAACGUUUUCAAUCUGUGGAAACGCGGUCGGUACGGUAUCUUUUUGCUUGUGAUCGAUCAUCAGUCGUUCGAAUACGCAAGAAGUGUUUUCAGUGCAAGGAGGCAAGUUCCCUGCUUAAGGCAUAUCGAACGUUUUAAUUCGUGGAAAACGUGGUCGGUGCUAACAAACGUAUUGUGAACAAUACGGUUCGCGCGCGUGAUUCAAACGGAGUGAGCGUGUGCGCGAGUGAACAAUUCUCUCUUCUCGGGUAAAGCAAAGUUCCGCGUGUGUUAAUCCGAGUGUGUGCGUGUGUGAGUGUAUGCGAAGAAUACGAUCCGCGCGUGUUAAUCCGGGUGUGUGCGUGAGUGUGCGAACAAUAAAACCGCGUGGUUUGAACUAAUUCUACGGGUAGUGUACGGGACAAAUUGAACUAUUUUACGAACAUUCAGUGUUGUGAAAAGUGUUUUUUGUUACAAGUGAAAAUGCCUGGUUCACCAGUUCCAACGACGUCGGCGGCGUUUGAGGAACAAGACGCAUCGCAUCGUGUAUCACAUGUGCAAGCUGCAUCAGACAGCGAUCAUGGCCAAGCCAAUCCAAUACUGAGGGCAGCCGUGGCAAGAGAAGCUUCGGAGAGUGAGUUUGAAGGUUUUGAAUCAGUAAAUUCAAGUCCUACUUUUCCAACAGCAGCAAUGCUGGCGGAGAAAAGAAAGCGAAUGCGUCAGCAUUUCGACCAAAGGCUGGACCGCAUUGAUCAAGCACUACAGCAUGCAACAAGAGCGGAUGCCGCUUUUCUGAAAGGAUGUGCGUCACGCUUGUCGAUGCUAUCCACGGAAUAUGAAACAUGGCACACCAACAAUUUGGUUUCUUCUUCCAAUGCACAGUUCGAACAAGAAGAAGAAGAGUACGCCUCUUUCGAGAACCGCCAUUUUGAGCUUUCAUUGGUAAUUGAAAGAAACUUGUCAUCAAGUGUAGUUUCCACACCAACACGCGAUACCAUGCCACACACAAAACUUCCCGAAAUGCGCUUGCCAACUUUUGAUGGAAAGAUGGAAGAUUGGUUACCGUUUCGAGAUGCCUUUCUCAGUCUUAUUGAUCGCAAUAAGAAUUUAGCCGACGUAGACAAGCUACGAUACUUAAAAGGCUCUCUUCAAAGGGAUGCUCUUAACGUAGUAGGAGACAUCGAAAUCACCGACGCAAAUUAUUCUGUUGCCUGGGAAGUAUUGAAAUCGCGAUUCGAAAACAAAAAGCUAGUGGUGAAACGAUAUCUUGAUGGAUUAUUUGCGAUACCACACAUGAAAAAGGAAUCAUACGAAUCACUGAUUUCUUUAAUUGACAGUUUUGAGCGUGGUGUUAAAAUGACGACUAGAAUGGGAGUGGCCACGGAAGGAUGGAGCGUGCUCUUAGCUCACAUGGUCUGCUCUAAAUUAGACCUGGCCACACUUAAACAAUGGGAAAUACAUCAUAGCUCAACCAAUGUUCCCACGUAUGACGAGAUCAUGAAAUUCCUUCGCAGCCAAGCAACUGUUUUGCAAGCCAUGGCUCCAGACAGGAAUCGAACAAGUGAAGCAACAACAGCUGGAGGCAGAAUGAAAACCCGCAACGAAGUGUACAGCGUGGUUAAGCCGGCCACAAAGGUUUGUUCAUUCUGCAAAAGGGCUUCACAUGCUGCGUACCUGUGCGAAGUGUUUCGAAAUGCAUCUGUGGAAAAGCGACACGAGCUAGUGAGGAACGGACAGUUGUGUUUCAACUGUUUGUCGGCGGGUCAUCAGCGAAAGGAUUGUUCGUCCGGAUCUUGCCGUGUAUGUCAGCGAAAUCAUCAUACGAUGCUUCACAAACCGAAUUCUCCAAUUGAUCAGUCGUCAUUAGCAUCAGCGUCAUCACUGCCGUCUACAUCAAAUGCAGAAGCAGCUACACCGGCUUCUAUUGUUCAACAUUGUGCGCGCAACAAUUUCGAAAAAAUAAUCCUGUUACCAACAGCAAUGGUACAAGUAGUGAAUGUUGACGGAACACGUAUCUGGGCUCGAGCUUUACUGGAUGGAGGUUCACAGAUCAACAUUGUUACGGAACGAUUGGUACAGCUGUUGAGAGUCCAGAAGAGGAACGAGCAUCAUCUGCUUGGUGGAAUAGGGAAGGCACAGCAUUCGUCUCAUCAUUCUGUGAGCCUUGCUAUCCACUCUCACUGCUCUACCUUCAAGGCAAGCUGGAAGUUCCAUGUGCUGCGAGAAGUGACGUGGGACCAGCCAGCACAUGCAGUCAAUCCGGAAGGAUUGAACCUACCGAAGGGAGUGACGUUGGCGGAUCCUCAUUUCUAUGAGCCAGGGCCAAUUGAUCUACUUAUUGGGCGAGAAGGUUACAACGAUCUACUUUUGGGUAACAUUCUUCGGUUGAAUAGCCCAAAACUACUACUGCAAAACACGGAGCUGGGUUGGAUUGUCUCAGGUCAGGUAAGCCAAGGUCUAACACACUCUUCCUUAGUGCUCAACGUCAUGACGCUGAAUGACCAACUAAGCCGGUUUUGGGAACUGGAAGGCUGCUACUCCCCUGCGAUGUUAUCCGUCGAGGAAGCUGAGUGUGAGGCAGCAUUUGUACAAACAACUUCACGAGACCACGAAGGCCGUUUCGUGGUAGCCUUACCAACGCGUACUGAAAGGCUUAAUCAACUAGGUGACUCUUAUGAAGCUGCAUCACGGCGGCUACAAUCGCUCUGUAGGCGAUUAAAUAUCGACUCGAAAUUGAAGCAGGAAUAUUCUAAAUUCCUACAGGAGUAUCUCGAUCUAGGACACAUGGAAGAAAUUCCAUCUGACCGCCAUGACAAUGGAAAGACAUAUUACAUGCCGCAUCAUUGUGUAGUACGACCCGACAGCCUCACGACUAAGCUAAGAGUCGUAUUUGAUGCAUCCAGUUCUACUGAUACAGGGGUAUCCCUCAACGAUGCACUGAUGGUGGGACCUUCAGUGCAAGAUGAUCUUUUGUCGUUGUUACUCCGAUUUAGAGUACCCAGAUUUGCGAUUUUGGCUGACAUUGAAAAAAUGUAUCGCCAAAUUUGGGUGAAGGAAUCCGAUCGUCCACUUCAACGCAUCCUGUGGAAAGAAUCUGCUGAUGAUAGAAUUCGCAUCUAUCAGCUGAAAACCGUUACGUACGGCACAGCCUGCGCACCUUACUUGGCCACCCGUUGUCUGCAAGCGUUGGCUAAGGAAGGAGAAACAAGAUAUCCCAGGGCAUCCAAGGUCCUCGAGCAAGAUAUUUACAUGGAUGACAUGAUCACCGGUGUGGAAUCUGUUGAAGAUGGCCGGAUUAUUUGCAGCGAAAUAAAUCAGCUUCUACAAUCGGCAGGAUUUCACCUGCGCAAAUGGGCUUCAAACUCGUCUGAGUUACUGGAGCAAAUACCAGCUGAACUACAAAUCGAGGGAGAUGUUUUGAACAUCGAUCGCAGCACAUCCAUCAAGGCUUUGGGUUUAAGAUGGAUGCCAUCAUCGGACCAGCUAGGGUUUAGUGUGCCUGGUUGGAAGGAAUCAGAAAUCAUCACCAAACGCAUUGCGUUAUCAGACGCAGCUAAGUUGUUCGAUCCUCUUGGACUGUUAGGACCAGUCAUUGUAGUAGCAAAGUGUUUCAUGCAGGAGCUCUGGAAGAACGAAAAUACCUGGGAUGAACCUUUGGAGUCUGAACGGCAACAAUUCUGGUUGCGCUUCAGAGAACAACUCGCUGAUCUGACUAGCUUGACAAUUCCACGACGAGCAAUUGGUGGAACAGUGCGAAUUGAAGCUCACGGAUUUAGUGAUGCUUCCCUACGGGCUUAUGGCGCCUGUAUCUACAUACGAGCAGAAUCGUCCGAUGGCCAAGUCUCAGUACGGUUGUUAUGUGCUAAGUCAAAGGUGGCACCGAUACCUAAUACCAAACGGAAGAAAAACGUGUCCCUUCCACGGCUCGAGUUGUCGGGAGCGUUGUUACUAUCACACUUAUGGCAGAAGGUGAAGCAAGGGGUGAAAUUGGAGCUUAAAAUCAACUUCUGGGUUGAUUCGACGAUAGUUCUUCAUUGGCUUUCAAGCAGUCCUUCCCGUUGGAAACAGUUCGUUGCGAACCGAGUUGCGGAAAUCCAGCACCAAACCUACAAGAUGCCUUGGAGUUAUGUGGCCAGCGAGCACAAUCCAGCUGACAUUAUUUCCAGGGGAAUGAUGCCUUUGCAGCUCAUGGAUUCCCAACUUUGGUGGCAAGGGCCCUCAUGGUUGCAUCUUCCAAGUCAAGCUUGGCCUACGAACAAACCCAAUACUGAAAUUUCCUCGGAAGAUUUGGAAGAGCGAUCGAUUGUAGCCACAUCUCAACAGGUACCGCCAAAUUUUCUAUUCGAUCUUUCUUCAUCUUACGAAAAAUUGGUGCGACUUACGGCAUAUCUGCUGCGAUUCAUGUACAAUUGUCAACCGACACACCGCGGAAAUCUACGAAAGGGGUUUCUAAAAAUAGAUGAAUUAGUGUCAGCGUCUCUAACGCUCGUUCGUCUGGCCCAACAAGAAACCUUUGUUGAGGAGCUUCGGGAUGUUCGUCAAACUGGAGCGGUCAAGCCGAACUCAAAACUGAAAACGCUAACACCUAUUCUGAAAGAGGGUAUCCUACGUGUGGGUGGUCGUUUGCGAAACGCGCCUGUUUCGUAUGAAUGCAAACAUCCGAUAAUUUUAGCGUUUUCUCACCCAUUGACCCUACUGAUUGCGCGUUCUUAUCAUCGACAAUAUCUGCAUGCGGGACAACAAGAGCUCAUAUCUAGCCUGCGUGAGAGAUUCUGGCCCCUUCGCGUACGCAACCUGGCACGAAAGGUCGUAUAUGAGUGUGUAAGUUGUUUCCGAUCCAAACCAACAACGGCAGAGCAAAUCAUGGGAGAUUUGCCCAGCGAACGCGUAAACCCAGUUCUCCCAUUCUACAACACUGGUGUGGAUCUGUGUGGUCCAUUAUUCUAUAGACAAACCAACAAGAAGGCUGCUCCAAUCAAAUGCUAUGUUGCUGUUUUCGUCUGUCUUGUGAUCAAGGCAGUACAUGUGGAGCUUAUUGCCGAUUUGUCUACUCCAGCCUUCAUUUCUACAUUGAAGCGUUUCAUAGCUCGUCGCGGUAAACCAUCCGUAAUCCAGUGCGACAACGCCAAAAAUUUCCGGGGAGCUGAUCGAGCGCUCAAGGAGAUGUAUGAGCUGUUCCAGAAACAACAACAUCAGGAUGCUGUUACAACUUACUGCGGAACGGAAGGGAUCACCUUCAACUUCAUCCCUCCGCGGUCACCCCAUUUCGGUGGGAUCUGGGAGGCCGCAGUGAAGUCGCUGAAACGGCAUCUCAAGGCUACGAUAGGAUCCAGUAUCUUGCGGCGAGACGACCUGGAAACUAUCUUAGUUCAAGUGGAGGCUUGUUUGAACUCGCGACCGUUAACUGCACUUUCCAACGAUCCAGAGGACCUGGAAAUUCUGACACCGGGUCAUUUUUUGAUUCAACGGGCGCUUACAUCGGUCCCUGAGCCAUCUUAUGCUGAGAUUCCAGGCAACCGCCUGGACCGCUAUCAACAAUUGCAGGAGUAUGUUCGGCGGAUUUGGAAGCGAUGGAAUCGAGACUACUUGUCUGGUUUGCAUCCGCGUACCCGGUGGACUUCAAGGCGAGACAACGUUCGGGAGGGCACUAUGGUCCUGCUGAAGGAGGACAACCUUCCCCCUCUCAAAUGGCGCUUCGGCCGAGUGCUGAAGAUUUAUCCUGGUGAUGACGGCUUGGUUCGAGUGGUUGAUGUGAAAACGAAGGAUGGAAUUUACAGAAGAGCCAUCACCAAGAUCUGUAUACUGCCCGGACAGAAGGAAGAAAGAGAGGUUUCGUAAUAAGGGUUGAAAGCUACCUUUCAACGGGGGGCGGCUAUGUUGAGUAAUGAAUUUGUACGGUAUAAACGUAUGACCUUCUGUCACUUGAAUUUGUUGCUUGGGAAUUGUAUUGAGGGGACGAAUGAAGGAAACAAGGAAUAAAGAAGGAGUCUAGCGCAAGCGUUCAAUCAGUACAGACGUUCUUCUCUCUACCAGUUGAGAAAUUCACUAACUAAAACAAUAGUUAUAUGCGUGGAACACAAAUACAGGUGCGACAUCACUGCACA